UUGAAACUCUCACCAAAAUGCCUUAGCGAGACAUUUUUCCUCUCCAAAAGAACCAAAGUGUAUUUUGUGUGCUUUGUAUCAGAUAUGCUUUGAAUCUUUUAUUUUUAUUUCGAUGGCACAUAGGAUGAGUGACCUGGCUCUUGGACUUAUGAGGAAACUGUAGCAGUUAUCUGGCCAUGGCGUUUCCUCAAGGAUACUUGUACCAGUCUUCACUUUCUCUCUAUUCGUGUCCGCCGUACGGCUCCGGCGCGGUAACGGGACCGCGGACAGAUGAUCUGGGACGGUCGUCCAGCGGCUCAGCUUUCUCCCCGUACGCGUCCACAGCUUUCACAAACACUUCAGCCUUCAACUCUCUCCAGUACAGCUCUGAAUCCACAGCACCCUUCACUUCAUAUGUGGGCUCCCCAUACGACCAUUCUCCAGGCAUGACUGGCUCUUUAGGCUUUCACCCGUACGCCGGACCCCUGGGCGCGUACCCGUUUGGAGAUCCCGCUUACCGGAAGAACGCCAUUCGAGAUGCCACUGCCACCUUGAAGGCCUGGCUCAGUGAACACCGGAAAAACCCUUAUCCCACCAAAGGAGAGAAAAUCAUGCUCGCCAUCAUCACUAAAAUGACUCUCACUCAGGUGUCCACCUGGUUCGCCAACGCGCGGAGAAGACUGAAGAAAGAGAAUAAAAUGUCCUGGACGCCACGGAACAGGAGUGAAGAUGAGGAUGAGGAGGACAGCAUUGAUUUAGGGAAAAAUGAUGACGACGAUGAGCAGCUGAAAAGAGACGAAACAACAGAGACGACCAAAGAUUCAGUUGGCGAUGACUGCACCGAAAUUCGCCCAGAAAACCCCGACGACGCGACGAAGCGUGUUAUAACCGACUGUGAAGAACAAGAGAAGCGGACAGUGUGCGAUUCUCCGGUGCCCACGACCUCCUCACCCCGGAACGAGAUCAGCGAAACCGCAAAACCCCAUUCCGCAAACCCGACCCCCAAACCCAAACUGUGGUCCCUUGCUGAGAUUGCUACAUCGGACAAGGGGUGUGACGAACCGUCCCAAACAUCUGGGGCGUCACCUGCGCAAUGCCCCUUUCUCCCCAGAGAUUUAUACUACGCGUCUCCUUUCUAUCCGGCUUUCACGAACUAUGGGACUUUCGGACACCUGAACGGCGUCAGUCACGGAAACGCAACGCAAUUGAACGGAAUAAACACGGCCGUGUUACAAAGAGCGAGAGACGGCAACAUUACUCUGGAUUUGUGUAAAGAACUCAGCUUUGAACACAAGAGGGCGAAUAUUUAGCCAAAUCAGUUUAUUUGGGGGUUUAUUUAUGAUUUUGAGAAAGAGAUUUAAUUCUGUCUGAACACGAAAUAUAAGACUUUUUUAUAUUUAAAAUAUAAUGGGAUGUGUAUGUUUUAUGCGAGAAAUGCUUUUUUUUUUUCUUUACAUAUAUAUCUAUCAUCUGGUGUAAAAUAUUUGUGCAAGAGGCCAAAGUACCAUUUAAAACCGUUUUGUAAUCCACGUCAGCUGUGUUGAAAUUAUCUAAUUUUAAACAGCUCUUCUUGUCCACAAUACUCUACAGUUAUAGGCUACACAUUACACAUCUGUGCCAUUUUGCAAACUCCACUUAACCUGUCAUCUGAUAUGGAACAAAAAUAAUUUUAUCAAGCAAAUUUAAUAGCCUAAAUACACUGUAAAAUUUUUAAGACAGUGGUUCUCAACCUUUUUGGUUCCAGCCCGCUAAUGGGCCCCGGCCCCCUGGAUGAGAACCACUGUGUUAGGUCAAAUGUACUUUAUGUGGAAACAUUGAAACACAUCAGUCCAAAAAUUCAGUAGCAGUUUUAGCACCUGAUAUAUUCUUUAGAAAUAUUUUGACUUCAUGAGAAUUGUUCUAUCAUCUAUUCUAAACAGAAUGCUGUGCCUUCUUGAUUUGCUCACAACUCUGUGCUACACCUAUAUAGACUCAAAGAACACACUCAAUAAAUGUAAUAGUCUCCUCCCGGGCAUAAUACAGUGGAUAAAUUGUACAUUUAAAUAGCACGAGUCAACAUUUGUUGCUGGGGAAUUAUGGGACAGCACUCUUAAGUGGAGGAGAUAUUAAAUUUAUGCUCCAUAAAGCAUCUUCUCGUGAAAUGUGUGUUGCAUUUUUCCUGCGAUGCGAGAACAGCGAGGGGCUAAAAAUGUUCAAAGACCAUUUUAAAAGGGAUUAAACGUGUAAAUUCGAAAAUGUAGUAAACUCAUUGUAAGAAAGACAGGAUUACCAGCGAUUCCCUAUUUCUGCUCAAAUGACAGAGUCCAACAUCAACAACCAUCAGAGCGGCGAGGCUUACAGGGGUAAUACAAAGUUUUUGAACACAAAACCAUGAAAAGAGGCUGCAAGGAUUUGAAAAGCUCUCUAAUCCCUCGGGUAAAUUCAAAGUUUGAGUAUAUAUUGAUAUGGGAAGCAAUGCUAUUUCACAAUUCAGUGAAUUUAAAGCUUUGAAAAGUGAAGAAGCACCAUCAAAACUAUCCAAGCUAUCCAAUCAUCUUGUGUACACUUGUAGCAAUGUUACACUCAAUGCAGAUAUUUUAUUUUGUAUUCCUUUGCAAAGGGGGUUUUAGGACAGCUAUAGAUGAGUUUUCUAUUUUUGAACACAAAAUGUCACUUGUGCAGAUCCAUUUAUAUCCAUUAACAUAUGGAAAAUCAAGCUCUGUUAUUGCAAGCUGUUAUAUAUUAUUCUUUAUCAUUAUUAGCUUACUCUCAUUUAUUCAAAUUGUUACUUAUACCCCAGUGGACUAUUCGCUUUUUGCUUUGUUUUUUCUUCUAAAAGGUAUAACAAGAAAAGUCUGAUGAUUUUGGUGCAAGAAACAGUUGAGGAUAAAAUUUCCUCUCAAUAAUUAAAACCAAAAUUAUUUGGUUACAAGCGUACGUCAUAGUGGAAUAUUGUAUGAAAAUAUGGGUUAAUAUCUUCUAAUAUGCAUAUCAUAUUAUAUGACAUGUUUCUAAUGGCAAAUUCUAUAAGUACAAGUGAAGAGACUACAUUGGAAGGUGUUAUUGUGGAGAUGCUGAGACAAUCUGUGAAAAGCUUGUCUAUUCCACACCCUAAUCAAUAUAAGUGAUUUGUUUCAAGCAUGCACACUUUUGCUCUUAACUAAAGAGUGUGUAAGGCUUUUAAAAGCAUUGAUUUGGAGCCGAUCGAUGCAGACUAAGGGAGUGUUUUCCUGCACAGUGAGAAGGCACUAACAGGCCACUGAACAGCCAGAUUGAAUGAGCUGAAUUGUAGGUUGUUGAGAGGCGGGUUGUUCAUAUUACCACCUACUGCAGCCUGGAAUCAAACUACUGAAUAUCUAAUCAGUUGUUCCUAAAAAUGUCGUCUUCUUCUUCUUCUUCUUCUUUUUUUUGCAUGAUAGAUGGUUAAAGUGUCUUAAUUCAGAUUAAAUACUGUCAACUUUUAUGUUGUAGAGCACUGGUUCAAAACUGUUUUAAUUUCGGGAACCAUAUUAAAUACGCAUACAUGCAGAAAAUCAUUUUCUGAUUUAGUAUUUGUGUCUUGUUUCCAGUAAAAAUACCUAGACAUUCUUAAAACAAGAUAACUUUACUUGAGAAGUAAAAUGAGAAGUAAAAAUAUAUAUUUUGUCUUGUUUUCAAAGAAAUUCAAAGAAAACUAAAUUUAGCAAAACAAGAAAACACUAUAUGUCAUGGGGUCAAAACAAUAUAUCAUGGGGUACGAAAAAAAAUUUGAUCUAAAGAGAAAACAAGUUUAUUUCUCUUACCCCAUUGGCAGUUUUUUUUUUUUUUAAGAAUAAACCCCACCAAAUUUUGUAAGAUUUCUCUGAAAAAAAGACUUAAUAUCUUAUUUUUUCUUGGUUUAAGGAUGUUUGAAUAUAUUUACCAGAAAAUAACACAAAUAUACUUAGUAAGAAAAUGCUUUUUGCAGUGAACACAGCACCAACAUGGUACCAAUAUAGGCCAAACAAUAUGCAAAAUUAGGUAGCACUUUAUUUUACAGUACUGUUCUACAUUUACAACUACAGUAAUUACUAGCUACUA